CUUGCUGCAAGCAGCCGCAGUACACACCCACGCACACCACCUCGACUCGACAUCCCCUGUUCUCGGCGUGCCUGCCCUGUUUCGAGCUCUGCUCCAGUAGCUCGCCCCCGCGUGCCGUACAGACCAGACCAGACAGCCAUGGUGGUGCUCGCCAACCCGCCUGUCGUCGACCAGAUCCCGCUCCUGCGGUCCCCGGGGCCCAGGGACAGCUUCGCCGCCGUGCCGGUCGUCGACCUGUCCAGCCCCGGCGCGGCGCGGGCGAUCGUCGACGCCUGCGAGCGCUUCGGCUUCUUCAAGGUCGUCAACCACGGCGUCGCCGCGGCCACCAUGGACCGGGCCGAGUCCGAGGCCGUCAGGUUCUUCGCGCAGGCGCAGGCCGACAAGGACCGCGCGGGCCCGGCCUACCCGUUCGGGUACGGCAGCAAGCGCAUCGGCCUCAAUGGCGACAUGGGGUGGCUCGAGUACCUCCUCCUCGCCGUCGACUCCGCGUCGCUCUCCGACGCCUGCACCGUCCCCUCCGCCGCCGCGUUCCGGGCCGCGCUGAACGAGUACAUCGCGGCGGUGCGGAAGGUGGCGGUGCGCGUGCUGGAGGCGAUGGCGGAGGGCCUGGGCAUUGCGCCCGCGGACGCGCUGAGCGCGAUGGUGACGGAGCAGGGGAGCGACCAGGUGUUCCGCGUGAACCACUACCCGCCCUGCCCCGCGCUCCAGGGCCUGGGCUGCAGCGCCACGGGCUUCGGCGAGCACACCGACCCGCAGCUCAUCUCCGUGCUCCGCUCCAACGGCACGUCCGGCCUGCAGAUCGCGCUCCGCGACGGCGCGCAGUGGGUGUCCGUGCCCUCCGACCGCGACGCCUUCUUCGUCAACGUCGGCGACUCACUUCAGGUGCUGACCAACGGGAGGUUCAGGAGCGUGAAGCACCGGGUGGUGACCAACAGCCUCAAGUCCAGGGUUUCCUUCAUCUACUUCGGCGGGCCGCCGCUGGCGCAGCGGAUCGCGCCGCUGCCGGAGCUGCUGGGGGAGGGCGAGGAGAGCCUGUACAGGGAGUUCACGUGGGGCGAGUACAAGAAGGCCGCGUACAAAACGAGGCUCGGCGACAACAGGCUGGCCCAGUUUGAGAAGAAGUAGCGGCAGCAGCCGCGCGCGCCGCUGGGCGGGCCGGUCAAGCACCAGCAGCUUUUUUACGAGACAGCCAGGCAGGCAGGUAGCUAGCAGCUCCUCCAGGCGCCGGCCGGCAGCAGCAUAUGCCGCGCAUCAUGGGCAUGUAGACGACGAGGAAGUUACCUGCGCUGCAGGUUCGGGAUGAUGGCGAGGUAGAAGAAGAUUAUACUUCCAUAAAAGAUGCGGAUGUGUACAGCUGGGGAUCGGCCAGUAGUAGCUAAGCUAAAGCUAGUAGGUGUAGUAGAUCUUUGUGGUGGGUCAGUGCAGGGUUUCCGCUAAGGUGCUAACGACCUGUUUGCUGAGGUGGGGCUACUUGCCUGUUUCGGCACUUGCUGGAUGGCCAGGGCGGGCGAUGCGCAGCCGCCGGCAGCUAGCGCUAACCGAAAUAGCAUGGUGCUAAGGGACUGUCCUCUCUCCCUAGCUUUCACAUGAGCUUUCUGCUUGUGCGUUUGGUGUGUUUUUUUUUUUGGUUUUGUUUUUGGACCGGGAAUGGGUGUAUCGUGGUGUAAAGCACUGUAAAUGGAAGGAUCUGUGUGCCUAUGUGGACCUCCUGUUUGCCUCUUACACUCGACCUGCAAAUGCUCCAUCCA